UUUGCUUGCCCCCUCUCCCUUCCCACACCCUUCGUCUCUCGGUCUCCCUUUUUUCCUGCUUCUGUGCCUGCAUUGGGUGGCGAUGGGGUCCACCUCUCCCUCAGGCCUGGAGCUCACCAUGGCUGUCCCCGGCCUCAGCUCCUCCUCUGGCUCAGAGGGCGGGUUCGGAUGCAACGCCGGGAGCGGGAGCGGGAACGCCAUGAGGGACCUGGACAUGAACCAGCCGGCGAGCGGCGGCGAGGAGGAGGAGUUCCCGAUGGGCAGCGUGGAGGAGGACGAGGAGGAGCGGGGCGCCGGCGCCGGCGGGCCGCACCGCCCCAAGAAGCUCCGGCUCUCCAAGGAGCAGUCCCGCCUCCUGGAGGAGAGCUUCCGCCUCAACCACACCCUCACGCCGAAGCAAAAGGAGGCCUUGGCUGUCAAGCUCAAGCUGCGGCCCAGGCAGGUGGAGGUCUGGUUCCAGAACCGCAGGGCUAGGACGAAGCUGAAGCAGACGGAGCUGGAGUGCGAGUACCUGAAGCGGUGCUUCGGCUCGCUGACGGAGGAGAACCGGCGGCUGCAGCGGGAGGUGGAGGAGCUGCGCGCCAUGCGGAUGGCCCCGCCCACCGUGCUCUCCCCGCACACCCGGCAGCCGCUCCCGGCGUCCGCGCUCACCAUGUGCCCGCGCUGCGAGCGCAUCACGGCGGCCACGACGACGACGGGCGCCCCCGCCGCGCGCACCCCCCGCCCGGCGGCAGCGGCGGCGAGCCCCUUCCACCGCGGCGUUUUGAUCAGGCGCUAGAGGAAGGGAAAAGUUUGGUUGCUAGGGGAUGAAAAGAGUCGUGUAAAUUGAUGGUGCCGGAAAAACAGCGUGGGCACCUGUAGCUGUAGGUGUGUAGGGGUUUGGAUCUUGGAGUCGUUUUGGCCGCCGUUCCCGUCCGUGUUCCUCCAUGCCACGCCAUGCCUGGUUCGAAAGUUUGUAGCUUGGUCGUGUCUUGACAGACGGACGGACGGAGGGAUCGGUUGGUCGUCAGUUCGUCCCUUGCGUGUAUCUGAUAGUGAUGGGUCGUUUCUGCUUCCA